UGGCCGAGAUUAGAGUCAGUGCGGACCGUACCGCGCGGCGUUCGUAAGCCCACUUAAGACUGUUUUUAAUACUAGUAUUUUUUACGCGAUCCCCGCAAGGAUUUAGCGGAUUUCAAAUUCGUUCGUGCGCUUUGAUUUAUCGGUAUCGGUUUGGUGUUUACGUUAGUGGUUUACGGAUUGUCGCGUGCUGCUAUAAUCCACCGGCUUCUAUCAGAUUAUGACGGAUAUCAACAGAUUUCGUGGACGCACUCUGUGAUACUGUCGUGGAAUUGACCUAUUGAACUGUUACGCGAAGUGUAAACAAAACGAAGCUUUCAUAUAUCUUCGGUUCUAGAAUGUUCCACGCCUGAACACAAACAGAGUCGCAACAGCGGCUAUUUUAACCCAGUGCCAAGAAAGCUUCACCAUUCACCUCAGAGUGUACAAGGAGGCGCUGGCGGCCGGAAUGGAGCCGCUAAGCGAGAACGGGUUGUGUUUGAGUGAGCUGGAGCUGCAUGGCGGUGGGCACCUGCAUGAGUCGGUAGCGGCGUCAGUGGGCUCGGCUAUAUCGAGCCUGAUGGCGCCGCUCCAUCAUGAGCCGCAGCACGCCCCGCUGCAUCAUGCGCCGCCUUUACAUCAUGAACCGUUGGAGAAGCUAAAAUUAUGGGCUGAAACAGGCGAAUUUCGGGAUAGUGGGCACUCGUCAUUAAAUUCAGGGGGAUCGGGAGUGGACCAGUCUUCAUUGUACGCGCCGCCUAGACCAAGAAGAGACCGAAAACUAACUGACGAUAAUCGACCACUCACAGAAGCGACGAUAAAGACAGAAUCCACAACACCCGGCGUGGGCCCCGACGAGCCAUCUCUCGACGACAAGGGCGACAAGAAGAACAAGCGACAAAGACGACAGAGGACGCACUUCACGAGCCAACAGCUGCAGGAGCUGGAGGCGACCUUCGCGAGGAACCGCUACCCCGACAUGUCGACGAGGGAAGAAAUCGCGAUGUGGACGAACCUUACGGAAGCGAGAGUUAGGGUAUGGUUUAAAAAUCGAAGAGCGAAAUGGCGGAAACGCGAACGGAACGCCAUGAAUGCGGCGGCCGCGGCCGCGGCGGACUUCAAGAACGGAUUUAGCACGCAAUUCAACGGCCUAAUGCAACCGUUCCCCGACACGGACGCGCUGUACUCCUCGUACCCGUACAACAACUGGGCCGCGAAGGUGCCCAGCCCGCUCGGCACCAAGAGCUUCCCGUGGCCCGUGAACCCGCUCGGCUCCGUGGUGCCGGCGAGCCACCACCAGGGCUCCGUGAACUGCUUCAACACGGCGACGUCGAUGGGCGCCGUGGGCGGCGGGUCGAUGGGCGGCGUGGGGGGCUCCGGCGGCGUCGGCGGCGGCGUGGCGCCGUGCCCGUACACGGCGCCGCCCAACCCGUACGGCAUGUACCGCGCGGAGCCGUGCCCGGCGAUGUCGUCGUCGAUCGCGUCGCUGCGGCUGAAGGCGAAGCAGCACUCGUCGAGCUUCAGCGGCGGCUACGGCAACCUGUCGCCCGUGUCGCGCGCGGGCUCGGCGCCGCUGGCCGCGUGCCAGUACGCGGCCGACCGCGUGCUCUGAGACCGCGCCACCGCCUCGUAGGCGCGCUCUCACCGCACGACACGCUGACACUUAUGGGACUCCACGCUGACCACUAAACACAAACUAAAUAAUAACAUUGGUUUAUAUAAAAGUAAAAUUCGGUUGAUAUAGGUAUUCAAUGUUAAAUUAUGUAAAAGGUAAAGGUAAU